AUGACCACAAUACCGACCCCUCCAUCGACAACCUUGUCAGAACCACCAUCCCCGACCGAACGGCGUAUCACCGUGUCAUUCGUUGACCCCUUUGACGAAACCGACGACAUGUCUGCCUCGAACCAAAUCAUCAAGACGACAACGACGACCAUCACUCCGAUACGAAUGCACCCGAAACCCAUAUAUUUGAUAGUGGCGACGAGUCUCAAUCCGCCCAUGGGCAUCGGCAACAAUGGCGACCUUCCCUGGCCACCCAUCAAAGCAGACAUGGCAUUCUUCAGAAAAGUCACUUCUCACGUUUCUCCAAGCGAGCAGACAGUACCGUCACGCAUGUUCAACGCUGUGGUCAUGGGCCGAAAGACCUGGGAAAGCAUUCCCCUAAAGUUCCGCCCACUGUCGGAUCGGCUGAACGUGAUCAUCACGCGUAGUAAAUCAAGCGACCUGGGCUCGCGGAUCAUCGAGGAGCUGAAGUCUUCGACGGGGAACAAGGGAGAGCAAUGGUCUAUGCACGAAUUCGCGAUGAGCGCAAAACCCUCAAAGUCCAAAACGAGCGGCAAGAACUCAAGAAGCGCUAUCCUCACGCCUCCCCCCUCAGCCACUGCUCAUCAUGCACCGAUCCUGAUCUCGCCAUCGUUACAAUCUAUACUCGCCCUACUCUCGAAUCCAUCAGUCAUUGCAGGCCCGACCUCGGCAUCGACCUCGGGUCCUCCGGCGCUGACGGUCAACAAAAUCUUUUGCAUCGGCGGCGCCGAAAUCUACCGCCAAAUCCUGUCCAUGUCCUCUGCCUACACGGAUCGGUACGCUCUGAAAAAGUCGGCGAACCCAGCUGCUGAUUCCGAGACCGACACCGACACGGACGGCGAAGGGGACAACAGCGACUUUGACGUACGCAUCCUGCAGACCCAAGUCCGCAAAAUCUCCGCUAAACCGCCACCGCCGUCUGACUCUUCCCCGACGGCGCUCUCCAAACAACGGAGUCCUGAGCCUGAUUUCGAGUGCGACACGUUCUUCCCCGACCUGUUGCCCGCCGAUCCGAGCAUCAAGUCCACGAAAUGGAAACCCCUGCCGGCUGAAUGGUUGGACGAAUGGAUCGACGGGAUCGAGGUACCACAAGCGCAGUCCUCCCAGGCUACUGACGACAGUGAUGCCGAGGAAGAAUCCAGCGGCUGGUACAGGGACGAGAAGGCCAACGUCGAGAUCCGGGUGGUAGGAUGGGAGAGAAGAGGUGCCCGGAGUGAUUCGGUGGCUAGCCUUCCCAAGGAUUUCAAGCCGUGA